GGUUCGCUUAUGUCUUCUUCCUUUCUCUGCUGCUCUUACGAGUCUCUCCAAUCAUCCAAGCAGUGACGAAUGGCUUGGAUUGAAAAGAUGCAUUUUACCCCUUGUGAAGACUGAUGAUGAAUUCUCGGUCAUAAUCGAUGUCCCGAAAAGGCAGCACGGGCUCACGCGGCCAGGCACUGCCGCAUGCCUCUCGACUUGCCUGGCAAGUCAUUACUAGGAGCCCGGAACCUUUGUGCACAUAAGGAGUAGCGAUGGCAGCUCCCGCACCUCCAGUAGCAAACAAAUUCAAGGAGGCGACGGCGAAGCUCAUCCUUGUGCUGGAGCGGGAAUGGCUGACCAGGAGGGGCGUACCGUUGCCCGCACCAACUCUUACGGCUCAGCAAAAGGCAGAAAUAGAGGAAUGCUUCACGCUGAUGGACAGCGACGGCAGCGGCGCCAUCGACGUGCGCGAAAUCAUUCAGGCGUUUGGCUCGCUGGGCUUUGUGAUCAGCAAGGACGCAAUUGAGGAGCUGAUGCUGGAGGCCGACCCAGAUGGCAGCGGCGAGCUGGAGUUUGAUGAGUUCCUGUCGCUCAUGGGCCGAGCGCUGUACCACCCCGACGCGAACGGCAAGGAGCUGGUGGCGUCAACCACUGCGGGCUCGCUGUCAUUUGCGGAUGUUGUGCGAGCGUUCCGGCGCAAGAAGCUCAUUGAGAGCCUCAUGCGGGGGGGCGACGCGCGGCGCAAGGUGGUGGACUUCCAUGAGAAGGUUCAGGUGCUCGUCCGUGCGGAAGCUGACGAGCUGCGUGAGCGGGCCAAGACGCACGCCAUCUUUGAGCGCAUGGAGACCCAGCGGGCGGAGCGGGAGCGGCUGGCCAAGGUGGUCCUGCCCGCCUCGCAGCGCGCAGCCAGGGUGAAGGCGCGGCUGCAGGACGUGGUGGGUCGCUCGCUGGGCGCCUUUGAGGCCCUGUACGCCGCCCACAACCCCUCCGCCAGCCUGGCGCGCCUGGCGUCCUUGGCCGCCAGCAGCCGCGCCGCCGCCAGCAGCAGGGGCGGCGACAGCAGCAGCCGCGACUGCAGCUCCGGGGAGGAGUCGGAGGACAGCGACGACCCCCUGGGGUUGAGGCGGCGGGGCCUGCUGCGGUCGGGCUCACAGGACGGUGCGGACACGGAGGGCGGUGGCGUGGAUAGCGCCCGGUCGGCGUCUCCGACGGUGCCCUUAGAGCGGGCGGCCAAGAGCGCACGGGGCGGCGGCGGUGGGGUCACAUUCUUGACAGAGGCGACGGUGGAGCAACACAAGGACGCGCAGGCUCAGCCGCACCACGGGUUCGCCGCGCCGCCCCUGAUGCGCAGCGCCUCCCUCAACUCCGUGGACAGCACCACGCUGCGGACGACGCGGCGUGUGAGCGCAGCUGUGCUCAAGUACUUUAAACAGCUGGAGGACAGCACCAAGAAGCAGGAGCAGAAGUUCGACGACCAGGCUCGCCUCAACGCCGCCUUCGUGCCCGUGGCGCCCGACCGGUCCGACUUCAAGCAGGCGCUCUACCCCUCACGACCCGGCUCGCGGGUGGCGCAGGCGGUGGGCGCCUCAGCACUGGCAGCAGCACCCGGGGCCGGAGGCACCGGCGACACGCUCAGCCCCGGCGGCGGCCCCCGCAGCCCCAGCCCCACACCCAUGGGCGGCAUGCGCGGCGGCGGCGGGACAGGCGCGGGCACCGGCACGAGUUCAGGCGCGGGCACGGGCAAUGCAUCGGCGAGUGCGGGCGGCAGCGGCAACGGCGGCAUCUGUCAGCACCCGCACGCGUGGGGCGUGCGAAGCCCAAGCCCGAGCCUUGGUGCCGGGGCCGGGUCUUGGACAGGGCCGGGCUCGGCCGCUGUGAUCACAUCUGCAUCGGGCCUGCCCCGCGUGUCGGCAGGGGCGUGGUCGGGCAGCGCGGGCGCGAGUGCAGGAACGGGCGGGGGCGCGGGUGCAAGCACGGGCGUGCGACGCAGCUUUGACUUGUCGGGCUCACGCCAAGCUAUGUCGCCAUCCCCGGUUCCGGGCGGCUCGCCAUCCCUGCCCACGAGCCGGGCCUGGCGGCAGACACCCGCCUUCGGGUUUGGCAGCGCCGCCGCGGCCCCCUUCGGCUGGGGCUCCGGCGUGUCGCCUGGCGCGGCGCUGUCACGAGGCGUGGCAGCUGGCGCUUCAACCACGGCCUUGAAUGCUUCAGGUUUCGCUGGAGGUGUGGGCGGCGGUGCUGUCCCUGUCCCCGGCCUGCCGCAGGCCCUGGCGGGCUUGCUGACGCCGGAGGUUGCCGGUGUUUUGGCGGACCCGAGGUCCAGCUGGCCAGGGCUGUCCAGCACCGCAGGCACCGCCACCGGGAUCGGCAUUGGGUCUUCGAUCGGGGGCGCUCCGCAGGAGCCGCACCCGCAGCCGUCGUCACAGGGGCUGUCGGCGUCAGGGGCAGCCGCAGGCGCCGGGGCAACGCAGUCGUCAGCAAGCGGCUCGCUACCAGCACUGCCGCACCAGCAUCAACACCAACACCAGCAGCCGCCGCAGCCGCCGCGCGCCGCCACCAGCCUGGGCUUCGCGCGCGAGGCGCAGCUGGCGACGGCGGCGGCAGCGGCUGCGCUGUGCGCACCCGGUACCAGUGGCGGCAGGAACGCGGUUACACCGGAGCCGGGUGCGUUGGCAGGCGCAAUGCCAACAACGGCAGGGCUGUCGCAGCCUGCAAGGGCGGGCGCAGGGCCCAUGCCAGGCCCGAUAACGCGGGCCUGGGUGGCGCAGAGCAAGAGCGGUGUCAAUGAGCUAGUGACGCCCCACACGCAGCGCGAGUCGAGUCUGAAGAAGCUCGGGUCGGGUGCUGCAGCAGGUGCCGUGCCAGUGGCAGCAGCAGGAGGAAAUGGCGGUGCUGCCAUUGGCGCUGGUGCUGGUGAGGGGCCUGGUGGCGGCGGUGGGGCCAGCGGUGGGGGCAGCGGCACCGGAAGCCCACGGCAGCUUCCGGCCGCUCCGGGCGCCACCUCUCCCAUGGGCGUAGCAGGACUGACUGCAGGCUCAGGCACGGGUGCAGGCCCUUCCACCGCCGGGUCACUCGUGACAGCAGCCCCCAGCGCUGCGGCCCAGCUGGGCGGCAGCCGCAGCCGCCUGAACCUGGGAUCUUCCACGCCCACCGCCUCCAGCGCUGGCGUGGCCGCCGGACACAGCAGCGGCAGCCGCAGCAUAGCCAAUGGCGGUAACAGCUUCAGCCAUGGUCCGUUCCUGCCAGUGGCUCGCAGUCCUGCCACCGGCGCGAGCUUGUCGGGCGCGGCCGCAGCGGCGCUGGUCGGCGAAAUUGUUAGCGUGGGGCCCGCGCCUGCGGUGGUUACUGGGUCCAUAUCCGCCGCCGACCAUGACGCCGCGAUACGGUCGCGGCUGCGCCCGCCCCGGGUUGGGUCACGUGCAGCCACGGCGCCUGCCGUCUCUACCUCGCUUGCCGCUUCCGCUCCUGUUGCGUUUGCCGCGCUGCCGAUGGCGACGGUCACUGAGGCGGGCGAUGAAGACCAGCUAUUGGCAGUGCUGGACAUGGACGCCAUUCUUGCGGAUGCGGAGGUUGCCAACCUUUCCGCCUCCGCGGGCGCGGUGCCGCUUCCGGGUCGCGGAGGCAGUGGCGGUAGUUGCGGCAGUGGCGGCCUGCCGGUCAGCCGCAAGCCCGCGGACGGCACCUACCCAGAGCCGAUGGCGCCAGCCGGGGUGCGGCCGCCCCCGGGCACCGCGCCUGGCAGUGCAGGUCUGCCGCCGCCGCCGGCGCACCGCACUGCCGUGUCGAGCCCGCUCCCGGGCGCAGCGCCCGCCGCAGCGACAGCCCCAGCAGGCGCCGCUGCUGCAUCUACCGCCGGUGGCGGCGCAGCGGCUGUGUCGCAGGAGUCGCUCCGCCGUGCGACUGUGUCACCAGAGCGACGUGGCUCCAGCGGAGCCAUUGGCGGCACGUCCUCCCGGCCACCGUCGCGAGCCCUGCUCACGCCUGCGUCGCCCCUGUCGCUCGUCCCGCUGCCGCCGCACCCUCACCAGCAGCACCCGCACCCUCAACAUGGCGCAGGGCCGAGCCAUGACGGGCUGCUUAACCACCGCCCUGCCUCGCCGCACGGAGCGCCUGCAACGGGCGCUGCUCUGCCGCUGCCGCCUCAUGUCGCGGCGCCGCCAGCGCCCUCCACGCCCGCAGGCUGCAACGUGCCUCCCAGCCCCGUGCCAGCGCUGCCGCUACGGCCCGCCAGCCCCGGGGGUUCCUACCUGCCCCGCGGCGCCUACAUGAAUGUCAGCAACGUUGGCCACGGUGGCGGCGGAGGUGCGGGUGGUGGCGGCCGGCGGCCCAGCGCACGUGGCGCAAAAGGCGGGGGGCAGCGCUGGUCCGGCCGCGGCUUCGGGACCGGCACGGUGUCUGGCACGGGCACGGGCGCGGCAAACAGCGACGCCGGCGCUGCAGGCGCUGGCGCUGGCGCCGGUGCCGGCGAGCGCCCGGCCAGUGCGGCGCGUGUUGCCCUAACGCCGGACGCCCUGCUCGGGGGCGGUGGCUCGCGUCGGCGCAUUAUGGUCACGUGCUAUGGGCAGCAGGUGGAUACUGCGCCGGACGGGGCAGUGGUGGUGCCGCCGGCGCCUGCCACGCGCUCGCCUGAGUCGCGCGGCGGCUCGGCAAGCGGCGACCGCUACGUUGUAAAUGCCACACUGGUGGAUAACAGCGGCGGCGCCGUUGGCCAGCCGCUGCAGACACCAACGCCCACGCCCAAAGGCGCGCGGGGAGGCCGGGCGGCAGCCGCGGCGGCGGCAGCUGGUGCGGUGGCGGCGGCGGCGGCGGCGCAUGCGGUCCCACUGGAUUUGGAUCUGGAUCAGUACAUGGCACAGCAGCAGGCCAUGCAGGAUCCAGACACUAUCGGGGCAGGUGAUCGCGCCGAUUUGGACCGCCAGUCUGCAGGUCUAGCUGAUGUGGCUGCGCUAUGGCCGGUGGGCACGGCGCCCAACGCCACGCACAACCAGCCGCCGCCGCUGCAUCUGCACGGCCACCACCAGCGGCCCGGCUCCCGGCAGCAGCUGUACCCCCAGCAGCACGCCGGCCAGAACCCGCAACACCAGCCGCAGCUACCGCUGCCAUACCGGCAUGCAGGCACACCGGCAUCGCCGCAAGCGCAGCCGGCGCAGCCGGCGCAGCCGCCCACUCGCUAUCACCAGCCACGCCUGUCGCCGCAGCCGCUGGCUGCAGGCGGCCACCGCCGUGCCUACACCCCACCCUCCACUGCCGCCGCCCGCCCCGACUCGGGUGCGAGCAACCUUCCGGCUGCUCAUGCCAGCCCGGCUGGUGGUGUCGGCGCCACUGGUAGCAGCGCAGAGCGUGUGGUGCCGGUGCCGAUGGCUGGGAGCCAGCGGGCCACGGUGGACGGGCGGCCUCCCAGCCGGGUAGCUCCUACUGAUGUGGCAAUGGAGCAUGUGCCUGCAGGGGAGCUGGGGCCGUGGGGGGCGGCGGCCGUGAGCCCAGGCAUGGGGCCGCGGGCGGCGACUUGGCAGCAGGGCUGAGGCAUGAUGCAGGAUGACAAGCAUGAGCAAGUGAGCAGAUUGCAUGGAACGCUGCAGGUGGCGUGUAGGUGUGGGAGCAGGGGUAUGCAGGUGGGGUGUGAGACCGGAGGACGGGUUGUCAAGGGGCAUGGGUUGGUGUGCGUGGUCGGGCAAGUAAAUGGGGACAGCAGCGCGGCUGAUGCGUUGGUGUAGUGGUUGUUUGUAUUAAAUGCAUGCGCAAAGCAGGACGGGUCAAGGACGCAACGGCUGAAUUGCAUGUUGUCAUAGUUGCGGUUGUAAUUGGCCGGGUACCGCAAUGUUCCAUUCUAUGGUAUGCUGGCGUAUGGAUAGGACAGGGGGAUAGGUGCUGUGGUGGAGGUUCACUACUAGCCAUCGGACGGCGGAGACGCGGGCAUACGCGGAGAAGCGACUUCAUAUUCUUGUAGACAGCUGUAGAUCAGGAGAAGCGCAGGAUCACUUGAAUGCUCGAGGAGUGAGGGCGGGGGCGGCCCUUGUUGACCGUGCAGGUGCCCACCGCAAGACGUGCAAUAGCACUGCAGGCUUGGGAUGGCGCGAGAAUAUACACGCGGGCUGCGCCGCGUCCACCGGCUGGGGAAGGCCCGGCGACAUGUCGUUGUCGUCCGCUGUUAAAGCCAACAUUAUCCGUUCCAAGUGCAACGAAUGAGUGAAAGUUUCGC